AUGUCAACUGGCACUUUAUUCAUCCGCGACUCGCGCACUAAUGCUAACUAUAAAAUCCCCAUUAAUCGAAAUACAGUACGCGCGACCGACCUUCAAGGUAUCCGGGCGCCUUCAUUCAACACUAAUCGCGCAGAUCAAGUUGCCCAUGGAUUGCGAGUCUAUGAUCCCGGAUUGCAGAACACAGCCGUGACAACAUCGGCUAUCAGUUUCUCUGAUCAUGAGCACGGUCUACUGCUAUAUCGAGGACAUACUCUGGAGCAACUGUGGGGAUCCGACUUUGAAGAAAUGUUCCAUUUGCUACUAUGGGGGGCAUAUCCUACAGCAAGUCAACGCGAAGAGCUACGCCAGCGACUGGCACAGUAUAUGCAAGAAGUCCCUGAUAUUGUGCGCCAGACCAUAUUUAAUCUCCCAACGGCGACCAGCCCACUGCCGCUGAUUCUAGCAGGCCUUUCAGCCUACCUGGCCUGUAUACCAGAUGUGACUCCAGCAAAUACAAAUGCGACAAUUUACCAAACGGACAUCAAACGGGCCGACCAAAUCAUCCUACAAACUGUCGCCGCCUAUGCAGUUGUCUUCGGAGCAGUGCGAUCCCACCGACUAGGGAUUCCCUGGCAGUCUCCAUCUCUCCACCAGACCUACUACGAGAAUCUAUUCACAAUGGCCGGUCUUGUAGACCCAGACACAAGCCGCCCAGAUCCUACACGCAUAUCCUGCUUCCGCCGCUUUGGCAAUCUUAAUGCCGAGCACGGAAUGGCCUUAACAGUAUUCUCAACCCUGGUGACCGCCUCAUCCCUCACUGACCCGGUGUCUUGUCUGAUAUCUGCUGUGGCCGCCGCCCACGGACCCUUACACUUCGGUGCAACUGAGUCCGCCCAACGCGCCCUCCGCGACAUCGGACAUCCAACGAAUGUCCCAGCCUUCAUUGAAGAAAUUAAGUCCGGAAAACGAAAAUUAUUCGGCUACGGUCAUCGCACUUAUAAAGGAAUGGACCCACGGGUGCGCCCUAUCCAAAGUAUCUUGAAGGAUUUGGCAGAUGUUCAUGAACCGCUAUUGAAAGUCGCUGAAGCGAUUGAGGAGGCUGCUGCGAAAGACGAGUUUUUCAGUACCCGGGGAUUGUAUCCUAAUGCGGACUUUUAUGGUAACUUCGUGUUUACUGGAAUGUGA